ACAAACAUGGCAUUUUGGAUCGUUCAUUUUCUGGUGUUAUCAUUAGUUUUAAGCGUAGAAGGACAGAUAGAUUGUCAAUAUGAAACGGCAAUUGCCAACUGCUUCUGUAGUACAGAAAUUAACAUACUUCAAAACGUCAGAAUUGUUGAAAUUCAGUCUGAAAGUUGUAAUUGCACCAUCAAUUUUCUUGAGGCACAAGAGCAACCGCCAACAGUGGUACACAUGUUUAACAAAUUAUGCAAUUGGCACUGCAAUGAGAUAGAAUGUGUACCAGACAAUAUUUUACCAGAGGAAGGAAAAACAACCAGGAAACAGGAAAUAACUACAAAUCAUGUACCAGACAAUGUUUUACAGGAUUCUCAAUUGGAAAUGACUAACAAACAGAAAAUAUCCACAACACUGACUACAAAUCAAGUACAGGACAAAACAAUGAUGAACUAUGGUGACAAGAUGUCAAGCACCAUGGAAACUGCUAUGAUAGCAUUCUGGGCAGGGUGUGGAAUUUUUGGGAUGUUUACAUUCAUGUACCUCCUGAAAUGGAUACUACAACUGAAACGAAACACUACAUAUUUGCCAUUACACCAACCGCUAGACACCACCACCAUUACAGCCGACAGACACCAGAUAUCGCAAACACAGACCUCUUUUUUGAGUAUGAUUUCCUCUACUGUCCCGCCAUCACUCACUCCACCUCCGACAUCAACACCUGACUAUUCCAUAGACAGACUUCCUGUUUUUUCAUUUGAGUCUACACCAAUUGAACACACCAUACCCUUACCAAUAUCAGAUUCACCUACUACUUUUUUUGAAAACAGAGACUCCUCACCCGAACCGUCUGCUCCACCCAUGGAAAUGGUAGAACUGAAUGAACCGGUGGCCACCAGAACCCGCAACAAGAAGAAACAGUUAGAAGCAGCCUUGUAAAAAUUUUUAAUCAUGUUAUAUUUUCCUUAAUUGUUGAACUCUGGUAAUUUUUUAUUUAAAUAUUUAUAAACGCAAAAUAUUUUUUUAAGAAUAAUCUCUCCUUUAAUUGAAAAUUUAAUGGUAUAUUUUGAACACUUGAAAUUUUUAAAAAUAAACUAUUUACCCUCUCAUUUGAAAUUUUAAUACAUUUUCUCACCUGAAAUAAAAGAAUUGGAAAGAUUAGUCUGUACAUAUUAGAAAUACACUCAUUAGCUAGUAGAUUUUUGCUUGUUUUGAUUUUUAGGCCUAAUCCUUUUUAUUUAGGUCAAUGUAUUUGAGCCUUUAUUUUUUAUGUUGGAGAGGGGGUGAUGUUUUUCAUAAAGGGGGAAUAGUAAGGUGAAUGCAUUUAUUUUUAGUAUCUCAAUGAAGAUACAUACACCAAUUUCUUUAGUUAUAUAAUAUUUUUUUUUUUUUGUAUCUAUGAGAGGAUUCUUAUUAUUAAAAAACAAUAGAUCCAAAACACUCAAUGGUACAUACUUUUUUAAAUAUGGAUUUGCUGUCUCCCUAAUUUUAUUAAAAGUGCUUUAUGGUGAAAGGGUGUAUCUGGUUUUGCCUUUGAAUGUAUAUUAUUAUUUGACUACACUAGGAUAAUACACAUGUUUUAG